AUGGCUUAUUACUCCGGAGACUCCAAACGAAUCCCACACUUGAAAUCCAGCCCCGGUGGCGGAGCGGCCCAUACUGGAGCUUCGGCUGAUUCCCAGGUUCGGAAACAUUAUCAGCAGCCCAGGACCAGCAGGAGUCAUCAACCCGAUUCGUCGCCGCCAAUAAUCAAAAAGGAGCCUAGCGAGUCUUUGCAGCAGUUGAGCAUUGCAGAUCCUCCCAGACCCACGAAGCGGCCUGCGGUGGAACCAGAAUACCGUCCUAGCAAGAUACGGCCUGGUUCGGCCUCGCCAGGUUACUCCCGGACCCGCUACGACCACGAAAGCACGCAUAUCCAGUCCCCACCUCCGGAUUCAAGUAGAGCGCCGUCACCUUCAGCUGGCGUAGAGGGCUACCAAUCGGCGCAGCAGACGCCCGUCUCGUCCCCGCGGCCACAUAACCCCGGUGCUCUGGUCCACUGCUCUGGGGCGGAAAGGAAGAUACAUAGGAACCCUCGGCCCACUUCAUCUCACUCGUACCAAGACCCAGAUGAUCCCUGUGCCUACACGGACACAACAAAGCCACUACACCAGCCCGAGACACGGCCGAUAUCCUUGGAACAACUGGUCAACGAGGUCAAGGGCAUCUACGCAGGACUUGUUAUGGUAGAGAAGAAAUGUGUGGAGAUAUGUGCCCAGCAAGCUCAAACUACAAACAAGCUCUCCAACGAGCAAUGGCAGGCCUUGAUAGCCUUGCACCGCACACUCCUCCACGAGCAUCAUGACUUCUUCUUGGCCUCUCAACACCCGACGGCGUCGCCGGCGUUGCGGCGUCUGCCCACCAAAUAUGCAAUGCCUGCGCGCAUGUGGAGACAUGGAAUCCAUUCUUUCCUGGAACUGCUCCGCCAUCGUCUCCCGUAUUCUCUGGAGCACAUGCUGAGCUUUGUAUACCUCGCCUACCAAAUGAUGGGGCUUCUCAUGGAAUCGGUCCCCGCCUUCCACGAGACCUGGAUAGAAUGUUUAGGCGAUCUUGCCCGCUAUCGCAUGGCUAUCGAAGAGGCUGACAUGCGAGAUCGAGAAACCUGGUCCAACGUCGCUCGCAUGUGGUACCACAAAGCCGCCGACCGCUCGCCCGACACUGGCAGAAUCCAGCAUCACCUCGCAGUAUUGGCCAGGCCUCAUAUUGUUUGCCAGUUGUUUUACUAUUCCAAGGCUCUAAUCAGUAUCAACCCCUUUCCCAAUGCCAGGGACUCGAUCAUGCUUCUGUUUAGUCCGCUUUUGGAGGGAAAACCCAAAGUGGAAUCCAGCACCUCGAAAUAUUCUAAGCUCGAGAGUUCUCUGGUUACCGCGGCCGGACUUCUGUUCACAAAGGGUUCCAUCGACGAGUAUUGCUCUCAAAUUAAUCGUUUUACUUUGGAAUUAGACAGCCACAUCACAAGAUCUGGUGUCAAUUGGAAAGUCCAGGGACCAGAGGUAGCCUCAGCCCUGAUUGCAUGUCUUUUUGACUUUGGCUCGGAGGAGAAUUUCCUCUGGAAGGCCUUCCGUGCUCACCAUGAAAAACUUACGGGUUCCCAGUUAGAGCAGCAGCAGCAGCAGCAGCAGCAGGAGUGGAGUACCAUAACCGCCCCGGAUCCCGUGGCCAAGGAGCGCAUUCACCGCGAAUUCUGGGAAGAAAGUGGACCUAUUGUUGCAAGCAACUUCCGUCAGGCCUCCCCACCACCCGAAUUUCGACUUGAUGACAAAUUUGCGUCGGCAGAUGAAGUUACGUCUUAUGUUCUUCCCGUUUGGUCACAGGCAAUGUCCAUAGUUGCUGGCAAGCUUGGAGAUCGCAACAUUGUCCCUUUCCUACAUCUUACGUUAGCAUUCCUUUGGUCGUUGUCAUACGUUCCAGGUGCCCUGAUCUAUGUCGAAAAUUUCGUUCCAUGGGAGUUAUUGGUCGUUGCUUUGAACAGCUUGAGCAGAUCCGGAGUGUUUGAUGCGCACGUCGAGUCAAAGGAGUUCCCUCAACAGCAAUCGGGCACGGGAAGACAGCUGCCUGAAGACUUUCCCAUCCGUGGCCUAGUUUGGGCGCCAUAUUAUUUCCCGUCAGAUUUCUUUGAGGGACAAGUGGUCGACGAAGAUGAACGCUCAUUGGAACUGCCAAGUCAUGCAGCACCGCGGGCUGAACGAUGUCUCUGGCUGGGAGUAAGACUUGCAUCGUUGAAGCGCUACAUGACAUAUGACCUCUCGACAAAGCAAUUUGGCUGCACCGACUAUGCUUUGUCGCUUGCGGACAAUGCCUCCAUGUAUACGUUGCACGUUCAAACCCCCACCGCCGGUGAACGUGACCUGCAAAUGACCGACGUCUGA